AUGUACGCGUGCGCUCGAACAACAAAGAUCAAUCACUUCCGUGGAACCAGUACUACACAAAACCCUAAUCGAGGUUUAGAACCGUCUCCUUCUUCUUAUGUUACUCGUCGGUCCAAAGAAAAACGUCCCAUUAAUGUGGAAAAGAGAAGUCACAAGAAACGCAAAAUCAUUUGUCCUUUAGAGGAGGAACCCAUUCAAACAACUCCACCGGAGUGGCUCUUGAACGUCAUGAGGAGAGAAGAGAACGGUUACAAUCCGAAGUUGAUCUCAACGAGGCAACUGUAUAAGACCGAUCUCAAAAAAACUGAAGCACGUCUCUCAGUUCCUUUUAAGCAGGUGAAAACUCCGGACUUUUUGACAGAGGACGAGACAAGAAUCAUACAUGAGAAUGCCAUGAAGAUUCGUGACAAUGGUGUGCCUGUGAAUUUCGUGGAUCCUGAGCUGAAUAAGCAUGUGCUUGAAUUGAGGAAGUGGAAAAUGAAAGGAAACUGGAUUUAUGUCUUUGUUAAAGGUUGGAAAAACGUGCUUGAUGCUUGUAAGACGUUGUUUAAGGAAGACGACGUCUAUCCUCUCUGGUCUUUCCGAUCUGGAACAGGCAAACUCUGUUUUGCUCUCACCCCUAAAAACUCUGGCCGUGGAAACUCUCUUCCUGGCGGUGAUGGCGCUUCUACUUCCGGUGAAUCUGGUCAGGUACCAUUACCCAUUCCUCCGGCAAGAUAUUCUAGCAACUCCGGCCAAGGCUGUUCAGGAGAGAGCAGCUCUAGUUCUUCCUAAUCAUAACUCUGCUUAUUUCUUAAGCCACAAGUAAAAAGGAUUUAGUUUUCAGGCAAUUCAGGCUUGGUUUUCUUUCUUUUUUGUUCAGUUGAUGAAACAGUGGGGUUUUGUCCAAAUAGUGGGGUUUCUCUUUUUGUUCAGUUGAUGAUAUGAUGUUUUGAAUUUAGAUUUCUUAAAGCUUAACUUUCUAGUUGAAUAAUUUGAAAGUUCUUUUAGUUA